AUGUCUCGCACAUUCUUUGUCGGUGGUAACUGGAAGAUGAACGGCUCGAUCGAGCAGACCCAGUCGCUCCUGCAGCACCUGCUGGGUGCGCAGCUCGACUCGAACACGGAGGUGGUCGUCGCGCCCCCCGCGCUGUACCUGCUCUCCGCGCAGGAGCUCGUGAAGGGCAAGAACGUGGCUGUGAGCGCGCAGAAUGCCUACUACAAGCCGUCGGGCGCCUUCACGGGUGAGAUCUCGGUGGCCCAGCUGAAGGAUGCCCAGAUCCCGUGGGUCAUUCUCGGCCACUCGGAGCGCCGCCAGAUCUUUGGCGAGAGCAGCGAGCUGAUCGGCCAGAAGACCACGGCCGCGAUCGAGAACGGCCUCUCUGUGAUUCUCUGCGUUGGUGAGACGCUCGAGCAGCGCGAGAAGGGCGAGACGAACCAGGUCGUGCUGGACCAGCUGCAGACCGGCACGAAGGACGUGAAGGACUGGAGCAAGAUCGUGAUUGCGUACGAGCCCGUGUGGGCCAUUGGCACCGGCAAGGUCGCCACGGCCGAGCAGGCGCAGGAGGUGCACGCCGCCAUCCGCGAGUGGCUCGGCAAGAGCGUGAGCGACGAGGCGGCCAAGUCGACCCGCAUCAUCUACGGCGGUAGUGUCGCCGCGAAGAACUGCAAGGAGCUCGCGACCCAGCCCGACAUUGACGGCUUCCUUGUCGGCGGUGCGAGCCUCAAGCCCGAGUUCGUCGACAUUGUCAACGCCCGUCUGUAG